GCAAAAUGGUAAGUGAUGAUUUUUAAUUGAGAUAAAGACGAUCCACAGGAAGAACUUCAGACUCUUUGAUGCUGCAAGGAAGCCCCGUAGUCGUAAUCCCCAGCACUUAGCGCUUUUUUCUUUGUUUAAAAAGAUAUCGGAGAACACUAAAAAUGAAGAUAUCCACGCUAUAGCAAAAAGGCUGACGAUGUCGAGGAAUAACAGGCAACCCGUUAAGGUAGCAAGGCUAGCAGAACAUGCUGGUAAGGUUAUCGUGGUCGUUGGCAAGGUCUUGGACAGUGAACGUGUGUUCACUUUGCCUAAAUUGACGAUUGUGGCCUUGACUGCAUCGAGAGAGGCCAGAAGGAAGGUUAAAAAGUUUGGAGGUGAGAUAUACACGCUAGAUAAGUUGUUUAAAGUGUCUAGUGAUCUCAAGAAUGUUGUAUUGGUGUGUGGCGAUAGAACGAAGAGGAAGGCUUACAGGUACUUCGGAGCUGCAGGUGAGAAGAACUCGCUGACAUAUCCUCGAACAACCAACAGAAAGAAUAGCGGUGAGAAGCGUAUCAAUUUUCCAAAGAAGAGAUUAAUUAAUUAAUUAAAAUCUUCUUGAUCAA